GAAGAGAGAAUUACAGAGCAGAGACAAUAAGCCCACGCCCUCUCCCUCUCUACCUCAAUCUGUAUUUCCUCUACUUUUAGCUUCCAAUCUUUUUCCCCCAAUCUCAAACACAAUGAAUUCAGCUUCCCCAUCCCCUUCCCCUAUAUAUUCAACCGCUGCUGCUGCUGCUGCCUCUAUUCAAAUCGCGAGCAGAAGAAUUUUCAAUAUCACAUUCCCCAAAUUAACCCCUCUCACCCUCCAUGCUCAUUCCAAUCACCAUCUUUCUCAUCGCAAUCCUCCUAAUCCCCCACUUCCUCUUCCAUUACUUCCUUCUUUGAUUUUCUUGGUCUAUUCUUUUCAAAGGGGCAUUGCCUUUCUUUGAUAAUUGCAAGUGGAAAAUCAUUCUGGUUAGGGUUCAAGUUGAUCAGAAUAGAGAGAGAUGGAAUCGUCAGGGAAAUCAUUUGCUGAUGCAUUAAAGAUGGCGAGAGAGAGAUCCUCACCUGAGCAGUUGAUUAAGUGGAGCCCCUCGGUGGAAAAAUGCGGUGCUGCACGCUUUGUUCCUUCGCUGAUGAUUCUAACAUUGAAUGCUCUUGCCGUAUUCCCCAACGAAAUUACGUCGCUCAAAAAUGUUCCAGAUAACCUCCGUCUAAGGCUGAUUAACAGAAUGUGCGAUAAAAGCACAAUGAAUGCGGCUGUUUUGAGGCUUCUGGUGGAAAGAUCUCCAACUGAGAUACGCGUCAAGGAUUGCUCGUGGCUGACUCAAGUGCACUUUCACCACACAAUUGGAAACUGUGACACAUCAAAGUUGCAGGUGCUUCAACUUGAUCUGUGUGGCCAAUGCAUACUUGAUGUUGCAUUCAAGGACAUAUUAGACAAACAUCAGGAAAGUUUUUCUAGAUUGACCAUCUUGUCCCUUAGAGGCGCCUGUGGUUUAUCCGACGAUGGGCUAAGAAACCUUGUUAAUUCAGCACCUCUACUGCAGUCUAUCAAUUUGGGUCAGUGCAGCCUUCUAACCUCUGCUGCUGUUAACUGUAUAGCCGAUGUUUUGGGAUCACAAUUGAAGGAGUUAUACAUAGACAAGUGCAAUAAAAUUGACGCAAUGCAGAUUCUACCUGCAUUUAAGAAGUUCACUUGUUUGGAAGUCUUGUCUGUUGCUCAAAUGCGUACUGUAAAUGAUCAAUUUGUGAACGGGCUAGUCACUGCUUCUGCUUGUGGUAAAGUUCUCAAGGAUCUCGACUUUUCUGAUUGCAACAGACUUACUGAUAACUCUCUCAAAAUCAUUGCAACAACUUGUGAUGAUUUGAGUUCGCUGGACAUUUCAAACCUGAAUGAGUUGACAGAUUCGGGGCUGGAGUAUCUUGCCAAUGGUUGUAAAUCAAUUCAAAAGCUCAAACUUUGUCGCAAUGGAUUCAGUGAUGUAGCAGUGGCGGCCUUUCUAGAAAACUCCGGAGAGUCAUUGUUAGAACUUUUCCUGAAUAGUAUUGUAAAGGUCGGACCCCAUACUGCCCUGUCACUUGCCAAAUGCUCAAGAAAAUUGGUGAGUUUGGAUGUAUCAUGGUGUCGCAAAAUCAGUAAUGAGGGUCUUGGAUUGAUUGUUGAUAGCUGCUCGUCGCUGAAGAUGCUCAAAAUCUUUGGUUGUACGCAGAUCAACAAAGAAUUUCUGGAAGGUCACUCGAAUCCCGUUGUGAAGAUAAUCGGUUCGAAGUUUACUCCGAUUAUGGAUCAUCUAUAUUUGCUUGAGCCCGAGGAAGAAGAGUUCCUGCGGUACCGAUUUCUUCAAUACUAGAUUUCCCUCUCUCUGAAGUUGUCUGUUUUCUUCAUGGUUAGAUUCUUGUUUUAGAAAUUGUUGUCAUCUUCAUUGGCAUAAUCUGUAGAAAGUGUAGCACAAACACACACUUCCAUAUCAAAUGAGGGCUAAAAUUUUCAAUGCCAGUGCACUAUGUUUUUUAGAUUCCA